AUGGCUACUCAGGAAAAGCUGCAAAAAUCGUUGGAUGGUUUGAAGAAUUUGUCCAAAUCAACAAAAAAUUCCGCGGAUAUUUCCAAGAAAAAAGAAAAAUUGCAAUAUUGCUACACGAUAACCGAGGCUAUUGCAAAUCCUGCAAUAAAAGUAUCAUCUAAUUUUCACGUUUUACUAGGCAGUACUGUUGAAGUAUUUUUAUUAUUAUGCGAUGAUGAUGAUCCUGAUAUUAGAAUGACGAGCGAGGAAUGCCUCAACAGAAUAAUACGAUCCUCAAAUGGGUACAUCGGUAAAAUACAAAUAGAAUUACAUAAAGAAAUAAAGAAGAACGGUUCGGCUCGACCCCUACGAAUUGCUUUGGGACUAUUCUCUCUAUUGGCGCAUAACAUUAGACCCCAUAAAGGAAAGCCUUAUGUGGCAAAUUUGUUUCCUAGUUUAAUUAAAAUAGCAGGACGGAAAGAAGAGCUGGUACACGAAACUUUAGCCAAUAGUUUACCGAAGAUUAUGAAAGCAUUGGGUUGUUUUACAACAGAAAAUGAAAUCAAGGCUUUACUGAAAGCAUUUUUAGUAAAUGUUUCCAAUGACUCAUCAGUUAUUAGAAGAACCACAACAAAUUGCAUACUUAGUAUUUGUACAAAUUGUAAAAACCCAUCUGUUUUUAUGAUGUACUGUUUCAACAAUCUUCUAGAUAUACUCGUCCCUGUAAAUGCAGAACACUUUACAUCCCAAAUCUUAGGAGUACUAUCGUGCAUUAAAAUUUUAAUUCCAAGCAUUUUUUCAUUCAAUAUAGACACUAAUUUUCUCGUAAAAAAUAAUAUGCAAGAAAAGCUACUUCAGAUUUUCGAACUAUGUUUGUACUACACGUCCCAUAAAGACCACAACAUAGCUAACAUCAGCUUGGAAUUGCUAAAAGUGAUAUUAGAAUGCCCUUCGGAGGGUCUCAGAAAACAGUUGUUAAUUGCCAAAGGCCUCGGAUCACACCGGAUAUUCUCAAUAGAUAAAUCCAGAAUUUUAAGCAACAGAUCAUCUAGUCAGCUCAGCGUUGCUACUACAACGAAUACAGACGACAAUCUAUUCUCCGAUUCCGAUUUGACUGAAACCUUGCAGUCCGAUGUGGAAAAAUGGAUAGACGAUUCCAAGUUUUCCAUGAUGAACAUCGGGUUCGCGAAAACCAAAGAGAAAUCCCAAUCGCUCGAUAAAAUGAACAGAUUCGAUGGGGAUAUGACGAAAAAUUCGGAUUUCGGCUACGGGGAAUCGAACAAAUUCAAUAAAGACGGCUUCAUGGGGAAGAAAAAGGCGCACAGCAUCGAAAAAACUUUAGACAUUAUGGAUUACAGCGAACAUUCAUCGGAAAAUAGCUACAACGAAGUCGAUGAAAAGAGUUCGAAUAUAGAUGAAGCUAUUAGGGAGAUUGAAAUAGGAAACAUCUUGGACGAAGUACCUGUUGAAUACUGCAUACGGCUGAUAUCCAAGCAAUUUUUACUCGACGGCUCUGGGAGUUACAUUUCGGAAAAAAAAGUCAGGGUAUCGGUUAAAUUUUUAGCGUUAUCCUGCCUUUCUACUCUAUUGGGGUUGCAACCCAGUGGAAUUUUCAUGCAUUUAGAUAAGACUUAUUGUCUGAAUUCGAAGAAGGUGUCCAAUCAAAGGAUAUGCGACGUUCUAUUGUACAGGAAUCACCCUGACCCGCAGCUACGGGGGGCUGUUCGAAGCAUGUUGGGGCAUUUUUUUAAAGUAGUGUCCAAUCUUUGCGAGGAGCCGUACGAUAAAUGGCUGGAUGUUAAAAGCGGCGUUGAACUGAAUAAUGAUUCAUUCAAGUCGCAAAAUCUUGUUAAAAUUUUCAUAGAAGGUUUAAAUGACGAAUCUGCUACUUGUGUAAGACAAACUCUAUUAGCCCUUGAUAUUAAUUUGAGAUAUUUACUGGAGUCCCAACAGAGUAAUCUUGUGAUGUCUGUUUUGAAUAUUUUACCGCAGCUAUCAUCGAAUCCUUAUUGGCUCGUUAAGGUAUCUUUGUGCGAACUGGUUUCAAAAAUUGAUUACAUUACAGUAUAUUAUGUCACAGAAAAUAAUGAUUUUCAACAAAAAGUAUUACAUAACAUAUUAUUCUCCUUGCUGAAUGAUACAGAUCAAAGAGUAAGGACUUCUGCAGCUACUGCUAUUGUGAAGAUAAUUCCACGAUUAUUUUAUCCGGAAUACCUCAAUGAGGAAACGCUGAUUUCAAAAGCUAUUUUGGACGUUAAAAAAAUAUCAAGAAGUUGUAAAUACAGCGAAUUAGAUACCAACAUUAACAAAAAACAUUUCAUCAACCAUAUGCCUUUUCCAUUUAAUAACAUAUCGGUAAAUCCCUGCAAGCAAAUCGAUUUUUCUUUGUCGAAAAUCGUCUCGAAAUUAUCAAAUUUCGUUUUAACAGCGGUUUCCAAAGAUUUCUUGAGCGGAUGCGUGGAAGCUUUAUGUUUACUAGCCGGUAAAUAUCCGUGUACUGUUUACAAAAAUAGUUGGACUACCAUGGAUUUCCUGAUAUGCGAGGAAUUAAAAACGCCUGAUUUAUUGAAAUUUAGCUUGAAUUUUCUAACGAAUUCCUCUCAAGUAUACGGACUACAAACACAUAUAGAUCUCUUGAAAUUAACCACCAAUUUAUACGCAGGCAAUUCUUUAGCAAUAUUAAAACCCUCAAACCCCGAAGAAACCACUUCCUCUUGGUCUAUGUACAGUAACACAGCAUUCGCUCUUAUCUCCGACGAUUUUCUGCACCACACCAUUAAACUAUUGUGCAUAUUCCAUCACAUACUGAACGAUUUAACGCCUGUGCACCCGCACGCCAAGCCCAUUCUGCCCAAUUUGCCCAACACCGCGAAUCUGUCGCCCUUGAAGCGCAGAAAAAGCGAUCUGGACAAAAAAUCGUUGAGCUUGAAGCUGGACAAGGACGAGAAAGUGGAGAAAAAAGACAUCAAAAUGAAUUAUUUGGGCUUGUUCGUGCAAUCCGAUCACUACAUGAAGAUUUACGAAACGAUUAAAGCCUCGUUCGUAAAUUAUAAGAUCUCCUUAGACGUUGCAUCUUCCAAGACGUUUCUCGAUUUGCUGAAUUUAACUUUAAAAGCCCUUUCUGUAAUAUUAGAGGUGGGGAGUUUGGCGGAGUUCGAGAGGCUCGCAGAGGAAAUUUUAGGGUAUUUCAGAUCGACUUUCGUCGUCGAUGCGCCCGCUACCGUCGAAUGCGUUCAACAGUUGUUGAAGUGCCUGUUUGGCACUAAUUUAACGGCGAACAUCGCCGAAUUUCCGUUGACGAAGCGAGACGAAAAGAAUCGCAGCGAUGGGUUUUUCCGAAACGUGUUUCAAAGGCCUCUCAACGACGUUUCCCUGUUUUUCCGAGUGUUCGGCAACGUGAGCAGGCACGAUUUCGUCGAUGACGGUUCCGUGAUAGGUUUCUUGCACCGGACGAAGGCUAAAAGGCGCUCCGUCAUUUUGACCAGAACCUCCGAUAAAAUCCUGGCCAAUUACAUUAGGAUAUUCGAACCUAUGGUCAUCAAGUCGCUGAAACAAUAUACGAUAACGAGUAGCGUGGAUCUCCAAUGCCAAGUACUCCAAUUACUGAGCCAGCUUAUACAGCUCCGAGUGAAUUAUUGUUUGCUCGAUUCCGAACAAGUUUUCAUCGGAUUCGUCCUAAAGCAGUUCGAGUUCAUAGAAGAAGGACAAAUACCGUCGGUGGAAAGAUUGAUUCCGAAGAUUUUCCAAUUUCUGGUGCAGCUGUCGUACAGUAAGCAGCAUUCGAAAUCGAUAAUAGGAGUGCCGAAAAUCAUUCAAUUGUGCGACGGUUUGAUGGCCAGCGGUCAGCCGGCAGCCACUCAUUGCAUACCAGCGUUGGAGCCCAUAGUCGAAGACAUUUUCCUCACCAGAAAUAAAGCCAACACCAUAGAUUACAAGGAAUUGGAAACGACGAGAGAAGUGGUUCUCAGUAUGCUGCUGAGAUUGUGCGAAAACACUAAAGUAUUGGACCUCGUCAGUUUGAUACUAGAAGAGAGCAACAUCGAAAAAUGGUACGAAUGGUCGAAUAUGGUGUUCCAAGUUAUAUUGCCGAUGUUGAAACAGAACAAAUUAAAAUUGGACAAUGCGGAUGCUCUGGUAGCCGUGAAAAGGUUCAUUUUAGCUUUGAACCCCGACGUGUUCAAACCCUACGAUCAAAUUAUCGUCAUGUUUUUUCAAGAGCUGCCCGAUGCGAACGCCGAUUCGACGAUAUUUCGCAACUGGUUCUCUAAAAUCGACAUUCUUUUCCUGCUGAUCAUUCCCGUGAAAGAGAACGCCCUUUUGGCCAAAAUCAACCGGCUCAAAUCCGAGUUUUCUCCCGGCUGCAUAUUCGAAAACGUCAAGACCAAAGCCGAUCCGUUGAAUGUCAACAACAACGCCGAUACAUUCCAGGAUAUUUCCUCCGAAGUGAUAUUCGUUAAAUAUUUAUUUAGGAUACUGCACGUGAGUUCCGGCAGGUGCUUAAUCGAGAUAGAACGCGCCGAAGAAGGGUUCGUUGUCGAGCAACUCUUCGGGUUUUUGGUGCACUGUUGUUAUUUAUUCCAUAAAGCUGAUCAUCCGAAUAUUUCGAAAAUGGCGGUGGAUAUUUUAACAAGACGUUGCGAAAACGAAUUGCAAGAAACUAAUAAUAAUUUUUCGAGAUUAGCUACUUUUUAUCCCGUUUUGAGCGCUCAUUGGUGUAAUUUAAUGAAUUUAAUCAAUUUAAAAUCGUAUCAUCAACUUGAAAAUACCAUUGUGAAGAACCCUGCUAUGAAUUUGGAAGUAACCAGGAUAGCCAGUACAAUAGCACGUUGCGAUUUUCUGAGUAUAAACGCUCCGGAUUUCAACGAUUUCUCAUCGUUUCUCAAAACCAACGCCGAGCUGUUAAUCGACCUCCACAACGAACUCCCUGUAUUCGAAUUCAUUUCGUACGCUCACCUAACCCCCGAACGUAGCCAAUUGUUCAUCGAAAACGUCUCCGAGAUAAUCAGGAAGGGAAAGUGUUCUUCUAUUUACAAGAUGAAAACGUUACAAUGCAUCGAAAAGUGCCACCAGAGCCAAAUCGGCGCCGUUCUGAAGCUACUGAUACCCGAUAUGAUUAAAUUCCAUCAUUCCACCGUAUCGCGCACGGCUACAAACCUGGCUAGCAGGAAAAUCGAAAUACUAUUAACUCUUUCCACCGAGGAAGUCACCAGUCAACUCUCGAAGGAGGAUUUCAUCCAAAUACAAAACGAUUUGAUCGAUUUGAACAUCGUUAAAAAAAGCGAGACGCUAGUGGGCCUUCUCAACAAGCUGUCUUUGCAAUGCUACGGUUUGCAGCCCAUAAAAUUCGAAAAACGCCGUACGGUGAAUCCCGAGGAUAUAAAGGAACUAAAAGUCGACAGAAAAUGGUUCUUGAAUCAACUUCAGAGCAAAUACGACGAUUCGAGCAUAGGGAGAUUCAUAGCGGAGUUACUGAACAAAGUAGAGUACAACGAAAUCGUCAGUUUCAUGUCGAGCAGCGGAUUCAACAAGCACAUAUUAAGGGAUUGUUUGAGGCUCGGCAUGAUGAAUUUGAGUAAAUUGAGGGCCAACGAGGGAUGCGAUCUACUCAGAGCCAGCAUUGAUUGUUUGCUCAAAGACGUGUCGAAUGUCGUUUCGAAAAUAACCACCCCGCAUCAGGUAUUCUCGCCGGUCGAAAGGCCAAGCAGCGAUCCCGAAACGUUGUAUACAGCAAAAAUGACGGAGCUGUUCGAAAACGAAGAAGUUUCGAAUCUUUUGUACAGCAUCGCGAAGUGCGUGCCGUUGUUUUCCGAAAACAUCCUGCGGGAUCCGUACUACAAAAUCUGCGACAACAAUUUGGAAGAUCUCGUCAAGUACAGCGUGCUGUGCUUGGAGUACGUUCACUAUUUGGAGACGCAAAAUAGGGACUUUCGAGUGCAUCUCACCGACAUCUGCCUCACGGCUAGCGAUUGCAUCCUAAGGAACGUCGUCACAUCGUACUUCCUAGGCGUGGAUUCCAACGUUACGUGGCUGUGUUCCUCCAUAAACAGCCUCUACAGCCUGGUAAACGCUUUAUUGAGAAGCGACAAUCCCUUACUAGACGUGCCCAAGUACAGCCUAAACAAAGAUUCUAGUCCUGUCCAAGCGACGCAUCAAAUCUACAAACUAACCUGCUGGUUUUUCGAUUUAAAAUCGAUAAAUACGACGAAGAUUCCGGACUUCCUCUUCGACAGGAUAAAAAGUUUGACGGUUUGUUUGGCCAGGCUGCCUCUCGUCAAUUCUUACGCGCUAAUUCCGCGACGAGCCUGGAAAAUCGGCUGGCAACCCGAUCGAAUGGAAGGCGAAUUUGGAACCGUGGUAACUGCAUUGCCCAUCGAUAUACUUCAAGAUACUGACGUGCUUCAAGAGUAUAUUUACAGGAUAAAUUUGUUAGGGUGGACUUCGAGGCAACAGUUUGAGGAGACGUGGAUGUGCCUGUUGAGCGUACUGUGCGCUACUCGAGACGAUUUAGACUCGUUCGAGCUCAACGAUAUUCUCUACGCUUCCAGUUUAGCCAUGAAGUCUAUUACGACUUUAUUGCUGGAGACUUUGACUUAUCCGGACGUUGGCGAUCCGAACGUGUCGAGGUUGAUGCACAUUUCCAGGAACAAUCCGAUAGAUGAGAUGUCUAUUAGUGUGCAGAAGUUGAAGAAGAUCCAAAAUUACCUGCAGCUGAAUUAUCAAAAUUCCUCGCACAAUUCGGACAAUUAUCGAAUCAACAACGUAUUCAACUUGCGCAAUUUGGAGAAGUGCUCGGAGAAUUAUUCCUGCGGGCAGGUGUCCGUUAAAUACAUGCUGAUCGCGACGAAUUCGAUCGAGGAAACGCAGGAGAUUCUGCCGGUGCUGGAGACGCACAGACAUCGCAUGAAGAGAUUAGAAGGCAUGGGAUUGGACGUGAAUUCCUGCUUGCAGUUUUUGAUCGAUUAUUACUCGCAACUCAUGCAAGUUAAGUCGAAGACGCAUAUUAGGAUUCUCCACGAACUAGUCAAAUCUACGACAAUGAUUUCCGAUUUGUUUACCGAUAAAUCGCAAUUCAGCUGGAUGCUCCAGGCGUUUUUACAGUUAUCGAAGACUCAUAAUUCAGAGGAUGAAUUUCUACAUCAAUAUUUAGUAAUUGGAAUUUGUAAAGCUGUGGCAGUUUUGUCUCCUGAGUUAGACACGUACGAACAAUUAAAAAAAUUGCUGGUACAGUACCUCAAAAGCCCCUACCUGACUUCCAGAAUGGCAUCCUUAUACGGUAUAUUGUACAUUUUGGAGGGUUGUAAAUUAUCGAAUAUUAAAUUCGGUGGUAUAUCCGAGGAGAUGCAGCUUAUUCUUCCCUGCGCCGUGGAAUACGUUCAGCUGAAUUUAAGCCCAUUUUACGACGCUUUGAGAAAAUCUCAGGAGCACAUCAGUUUAGUGUGGUCUCUUGCGUUCUAUUUAGUCGAAAAUAUCGAUGAAAUUCACAUGGAACAAAAUUUCGUCACGACGGUUUUAUCCACCGCCUUUUCCAAUCUCAAAUCAAAAAACCCAUCUUGGUUUCAUGCCAUAUUAAUGAAGGGCCUCGAACGAUUGUUGAUAAUCAAGAAAAACGUUUUGUUGGAAUCAUUCGGCAAGCAAUAUUUGAAACUGGCUUUGGACAAAAUGAAAAGCGACAAUCCCACCGUAUCCAUUUUGGGCACGCAGCUACUCCUAAGCUACAUGUACAUAGAUUGCGGCGAUCACCUGCAAAGCGUCCAGACGCAAUCCAACGUGCCGACGAGCCCGGAGCACCUCGUGCAAACCAUCGAAACCAUAUCGGCCAUAUUCGAGAGGAUAAAAAAGGGCUACGUUUGCGAGGUGGAGCUGCUCUGCGCCGUGCUGCCCAACGUUUUGGACGAUUUCUUCACGCCCGCGGACAUUCUAACGAAGGUCAUCGGCGAGUUUUUGUCCUCUCAACAGCCGCAUCCGAAAUUGCUCAGCAAAGUCGUGUUCCAGGUUUUCCAGAGCGCCAUCCAACAGAACCAGCUGUCGCUGCUGCAGGACUGGGUGGUGUUCAGCCUGUCGAACUUCACGCAGUCCUUCUCCAUCGGCAUGGCCACCUGGUGUUUGACCUGUUUCUUCGUGAGCGCCAGCUCCAACGACUGGCUGCGCUCGUACUUCCCCUACGUGCAGACGCGCGUGGGCCGCUACGAGUACGAGGACAAGUACAUGCUGUGCAUCGCCGGCGCCAAUUUCUACAACAGCCUGACCAACGAGAAGCAACGACAGACGUUCGUGGAUAAUUUCGCGAAGGUCAGGAACCAACCCGAUACGCCCUUCAACGAUUUGUUGUUGUCUUUGUAG